AUGGCCUCCUUUCAACGGGUUUACCUCUCGUCGGGGGCCAGAGUUCGGGCACUAGCCGUCAUCGCACGUGUUCGCACGGAUCUUAGUUCUCGACGUAGGCUUCUCAUUCUUCUUUACGACCCCGUGACGGCCUGUGUUCUCACCUGCCGCAUAAGUGGCAGUGAAGCUGGCACCUUCGUCGGGUCCGUUUAUGUUAUUGCGACCGUCCGUUUUCUCACCUGCCGGAUAAGUGGGUGUCGCGGCUGUGGUGACGAUCGCACCUUCGCCAGAUCCAAGUUGAAGUGCAGCUGCGGUUGUGUCCCCCAUGGACCCCGCCGUAAUUUGGUUCCUGUCUCCUCACAACCCGCGUUUGCUCCUCUAUUCUCUGUGCUGCAUCCGGAGGGCCUGGUAAGCUUUGAGAAGCUCUACUCAGCAGUUGAUGGAGUUCGUGCCGGUGUGCCUGGCCUCAGUUGUUUCCCUGGACACGCGAUCAGUUCCUCGGCCCAGGAAUUCGGCAUUCUGGAGGGUGAAUGUGUGUCCAGAGUUUACGCAGUGUUCUGCCACUAG